AAAUGUCUCCUGUCCUGCUUACACAUACAAACACAUUCAACACGUGCCUGGCUGUCAGCCUGCCUGCUUGUGGACGCAAAACAAAAAGUAGGUGAGGAUCUACCAUCCAAACACUGCUGCUGAAGGUCUCUGGAUCUGAAAGUACUCAGAAAUUCUCAAGAAAUCACAUCCAGCUGCUAAAAACACCAACAACACGUCCUGCCAAAUCCAUAAUCUGUACUGCUGUCCAGUCGCAUCAUGGAUGCAGCAGAGUUCCGACGCAGAGGCAAGGAGAUGGUUGACUACAUGGCAGACUACUUGGAAAACAUAGAACAGCGACCAGUGUAUCCGGAUGUGGAACCAGGAUAUCUCCGUUCUUUAAUCCCCACUGAGGCCCCACUUGAGCCUGAGAGUUAUGAGGAAAUAAUGCACGAUGUGGAGAGGGUCAUAAUGCCAGGGGUCACCCACUGGCACAGCCCAAACUUCUUUGCUUACUUUCCGACAGCUUCCUCCUACCCCGCUAUGUUGGCUGAUAUGCUGUGUGGGGCCAUCGGCUGCAUUGGAUUUUCCUGGGCUGCCAGUCCAGCCUGCACCGAGCUGGAGACAGUGAUGUUAGACUGGCUUGGGAAGAUGCUGCACCUGCCUGAGAGUUUUAUAGCCGGGACACAUGGCCAUGGAGGUGGUGUUAUUCAGGGCACAGCCAGUGAAGCGACCCUGAUGUCCUUGCUCGCUGCCCGGUGUAAAACGAUCCGAUGGGUCUUGGCAACAGACUCUAAAAAAUCUGAAUCUGAAAUCCUGUCUAAACUGGUGGCAUAUACCUCUGACCAGGCUCAUUCCUCUGUGGAGCGGGCCGCCCUGAUUGGAGGAGUAAUGAUGAGGAAGGUUCCUACUGACGAACACUAUGCUGUUAGAGAGGAAAUGCUGAGGAAGAUGGUGGAGGAAGACAAAGCAGCUGGUCUCAUCCCUUUCUAUUUUUGCGCGACUCUUGGGACCACACCAUCAUGUGCAUUUGAUCAUAUCAUGGAGCUGGGACCGCUUUGUAAUAAGGAAAACAUGUGGAUGCACAUUGAUGCAGCUUAUGCUGGGAGUGCCUUUAUUUGUCCUGAAUUUAGGCCUUUACUGAAUGGCAUUGAGUAUGCAGACUCUUUCAACUUCAACCCACACAAAUGGCUUUUAGUCAACUUUGACUGUUCUACAAUGUGGGUGAAGAAGAGGGCAGACAUCAUUGGAGCUUUUAAAAUGGAACCUCUCUACCUGAAACAUGAAAACCAAGAAUCAGGUCUGGUCACAGAUUACAGACACUGGCAGAUUCCACUGGGAAGAAGAUUUCGCUCUCUGAAGUUGUGGUUUGUGUUUCGAAUGUACGGGCUGAAAGGCCUGCAAGCUCACAUACGAAAGCAAGUGGCGCUGGCGAAAGAGUUUGAGAGCCUGGUAAGAGCAGACAAGAGGUUUGAGAUCUGUGCUGAAGUUGUUCUCGGACUGGUCUGCUUCAGGCUUAAGGGCUCCAAUGAGCUGAACCAAAGCUUACUGAAAAAGAUCACGAAGAGCAGAGAGCUCCACCUGGUGCCCUGCCAGCUCUCUGGGCGCUUCGUCCUGCGCUUCGCCAUCUGUGCACGCAGUACUGAGUCGCGCCACAUCCAGCAAGCAUGGCGCCACAUCACACAGCUAGCUUUUGAGCUUCUGCAGGAGCAGCCACAUUGACCAUGACUUUAGGAAGCAUCAUUCCACUCUGAUGCUGAAAUGACAACCAAAGUUUAGGCAAAAGAUUUGUGAAGUUUGCAGAUAUAAAAUGCCCUUGUAGUUUCUUUGUGGAGUUUUUUGGAGCUGUCAGUAAAGUUUCUGUCUGCAGCCAGUUGGGAAGUCUGAGACGUAUUUGUCAUUAUUUUUGUGUAUGCUGGACAGUCUUGAAUAUACAUGUGUGACAUAAGCAUGUUUUUGUCCAUGUUGUGCAAAACGUCCUAAACAAAUAAAAAGGGAGAGGAGUAGAUAUUAUAUUUUACAUCUGCAAUUUCUUCAUGCGUUGUCUAAGCUUGUGGUUGUGACUGUUUGGUGAUUUUGUAACUGUUCUCAAAUUGUGCACUUACCGCUCUGCUGGCUUUUCUGUGUUUUCUGGUUGUCAAGGAUUUAUGGCUGAUUGAACUGCAGCUCAGCUUUAUAGCAAAUCCAUCAAUGAUACGAUAAAUUGUUUAGACAGCAUAUGUCUGCUGCUUCAUCUAGAACCAGCUUCUCAAUGUACUGUAUGUGAAUGUUAGUGAAAUUUAAGAUAUAAAAUGUCAGGUUCAACAACUCCAGUUUUGCUAAUUUGGAUAAAUCCGUUUAUAAGCGUAUUCAAUAACUAUUUUGUAAAGACAGUGGUGAUUUAGUUAUACUGGCACAGAUGAGGAAAUAAUUUUUAUUUUCUUUGUUAUUUGUCUUAUGCACAGUGGGUGUUUGCAAUCUGUGGCAUAGAAGCACUGGAGAGUUAUAGUCUUUUGAAUAAGAAAAGGAAAAGCAAAGGUUUCCUAACUUACAAAUGCAAAGCACUAAUAGGAAUUUUCUUUCAUUUUAUUGUACAUUGUAAUCAUAGGUUAUUUUUGUACUCAUUCAGAAAUAAUAUCACAAGUAAGUUUAGAUAAAAGAAAACAAUUUUAAGCAAAUGUGCUUACUGCGUACAUAUGAUAUGAAUUUGUGCUUAAAGAAAUAGGCCUACUCUGGAUUUUUGAAACCCACUGUGAUACGACAUCUUUGACUACAGAUAAAUAAAAUCCAUGUUUUACCUUUAAUUAACCAGUCAUGUCUGUUGCUGCCAUCAAUGGGACUUAAUCUUGGGAGCUUGUAUUAUUAUUAUUAUUACUGUCUUUAAUUGUAAAGCCUAAGUUUAAAUUUCAGGAUCAAGAAGUAUGAAUAUGAACUGUUGCAAUGAACAAAUGUGAUCAAAGCAUUGAUGUCUUGCAUUUGUCUGAGUAAAAAGUAAAUAAAUCUAUGGUGUGUAAUCAACA